UUAUUUAUGGAAAAAUAUAUGUAAUAAUAAUUUGUGUAAUGCUGGGUAUUUAACGAGUGACCCCUCUAAUCAGUCCUUGAUCUUUUCGGUGGUGAUAACGGAAACUCAUGUUGUAAAUUAACGAAACGGUUGUUCUAACGUAGUGUAUUGUUUGGCAAAUAAUUCGAAAAAAUCGUGUCAACAUAAGAAAUGCAUCAAAUUCAACAUGUUCCAAGGAUCGAAAAGCCCGAAAAAGAGUCUAUCCAUUCAGGACAGUUUAUGGUGUCACAUUUCGAAGCGGAGGAACAGGACGACGAGGACAAUGUGGCCGUUCCAAUACCAGAGGUUACUGGGGACCUAAAAUCAGUUGUCCCCGUCAAAAGGAUAUCGGGGAUGCUUGAAUAUGUGAAGAACGAAUAUAAUCAACAACAACUGUCCAUAGACACCAGCCUAUCCAAGCUCUUCCAGUGCAUGUCAUUGGCUUACAGACAAAAGCUCACAUCACCCAAAUGGAAUCGUUUUAGAGGUAUAAGACUGAGAUGGAAAGACAAAAUACGGUUAAACAACGUUAUAUGGAGAUGUUGGCAUAUGCAAUUUAUCAAAAAGGAAAACACAUUAAUAUGCCAAUUUGCAUCUCCAUUAGACGUUGAUACGCAUAAUAAACCCGAGGCUGUAGUGCUAGAAGGAAAAUAUUGGAAAAGAAAAUUGGCAGCAGUAACAGCAGAAUACAAGAAAUGGCGGAUGUUUUACAGGAAUCAUGCGUUGGGUCAUGCUGCCAAAGACAGUUCAGAUAUGUUAAACGACAUGGAAUUGCUUACAUGGGACUCAAACAGUUCAGACAAUAUGAUGAUGAUGGUGGAUGAGGACUACAUGGGUCUCAUGAGCGACACACUUUUCUCCACCAUCACGAAUCAACCUUUUGCCUUUCCGGAUUCGCGAGAGAUUGCUAGAGCGGGUCUGGCUGAUUUUAUUCAACCCAGUUUAGGGCCCCUGCAGCCCAAUUUGGAUGAUUACAUGGACACCAUUGAUCCACUACAUGAUUUUAUGACCAACAAACUUCCUCCAGUGCCUGAAGAACAACAUGAAAACUUAUACAAACAAAGUAAUUGGGGAUACAUCGGAAAUGACUCUGAGGUAAAUACAAUUUCCCCGCCCAUGGUCGAGUACCAGCAGUUGCAACCACUACAACCCCUCUCAAUGGACAAACAGACCGUUCCAAUUCAGGACACGAGGCAAACCACGACGCAAUCCGUGACAGGAUACGAUAACAUGCUUCUGGAGACGCCUAUUGAUCAGUUCGUUUCUCAGCAACAACAAAUCGAACAACCCCCGUAUCAUUCGUCUGUGAUCUCAAAAACCAAACCGUUAAAGAAUGUUACAAGGGGUAAACUAGAACAGCAACAGAUUUAUAGCAAAUCAGUCGACAGUGUUUAUCAAUGUUACCAGCAGUCAAUGGCCCAACAAUCCGCGUUGGUAAUAAAUGAUAGAAUAGUGUCAAUUUCGAACUCGAUCGUACCUCAACAGCAGCAGCCGCAACAACAACUGUACAAGAUGACCGCCACCCCGGAGCCCCCACAUCAAACAACCACUACGCAGGAAUCCCAUCAGCAACAGCAACAAUUCAAAGUGCCGGCAAAUGCGCAAGACACGCGGCAGGGUUACAAGUUUUCCGCCCCAAGCUCGAAUCCGAACAUCAAGUUCACAUCACAGGUACCGCCGCAACAGCAGCACGUCCACCACCAGAACUACACACACCCCGUCCAAUACAAUCCCGCCACUUCACCCUCUCAUCACACUAAUACUGACAAAAUUGAGCCCAGGAGACGUGGGGCGCCAAGAGGACGUCAGCGUUCAAGAUCAAACACGAGGGAGCCAAUCAAAAGACCGCCACUUAUAUCCGCAGUUAGCGACCCUCAGCUGAUUACUCCAACUAACAGCGUGCUGUUGACUCAACUCUUGGCAACUCGAGACACGUCAAAUCAUGUAUUCAACAGAAGCCACAGCACGGGUUCCGCCCAAGACAUGGCCAGCCAAGUGAGGAUAAAGGAAGAGAAAAGCAACACCCCUAUACCAAUCUUGGCCCAGCCGCAAUCUCACACUCUCAUAAUCCAAGGAACAUUAAAUUCAGUUCAACCACUUUCCGCGGAUCCUCUUGCCCUGAACACGUUCAGCAAUUCGAACAGUCCUGUGAUGGACGCGACGACAUCCCAAAACUUGAAUUCGCCGACAUCAUCGCAAGGUUCUAUCGGAUCGCCGAACAGGGACACCUCCCAACAUCAUCGAGAUCGACGUGUAGGGCACAUUCAUGCUGAACAGAAACGUCGGUACAACAUUAAGAACGGUUUCGACAUGCUACAUUCACUUAUACCCCACCUCAAUCAGAAUCCUAACUCCAAGUUGAGUAAAGCUGCAAUGCUUCAAAAAGGAGCCGAAUACAUCAGGCAACUGCGGUCCGAAAGAAAUCAACUGAAAGAGGAGAUGGACUCGCUCCGGCAACAGAUAGAAUCAUUAAAUGCGUCUAUCAGCAACUGCCAAUCCAUGCUGCCAGCAACAGGAGCGCCCGUCUCUAGGAGAAGGGAUAGCAAAAUGCAGGAAAUGUUUGACGAGCAUGUCCGUACAAGGACCAUGGAAAAUUGGAAAUAUUGGAUUUUCAGUUUAAUUUUCAGACCGUUAUUGAAUACCUUCAAUAACAUCGUAUCGACUUCCAGUUUGGAUGACCUCUACACGUCGACUAUGAUAUGGGUGGAACAACAUUGUUCACUUGUAGAUCUCAGACCAGUUGUUCUUAAUUCUCUGACAAAUCUUUGUACGAUAACGGAUGUUCUAUCCGACCCGGAUAAGUUACCUGAAGAAGCCAGACAAAUGGUACAGAAGAAGCAGCAGCAGCAACAGAACAAUCAGCAGUUAGCACAAUAAUUGCUCAGUGACAAUUUUUAUAUAUUGUAAUUUUAAAUAUACAAAAGUGAUAAAAAGUGCAAAUCUAUUUUUGUAACAAAUACUUUUUGAUAGACAAUUAAGUUGUUAUAAGAUUGUUUGUUUUUGAUAUCUUGCCAAUUUUUAUUCCGCAUCACGUGGAUAUGCAUACAUACAAUUUCGAAUUAUGAAAUGAUCCAUUGUAAAUUUUAAUGGAACACAUGUUAUAUAUUUUGCUCAGAUUCGUGCUAUAGAAGAGGAGGACUGUGUAGAGUUUUAAGAGUUGACUUACAAUCUGCUAUUUUCAAUAUUAAAUCUAGUGAUGGGCGAAUUCGAGAUGUUCAAACAAUUGAUUCAAUUGUAAGCAAUCAAGGUGUUUUUCUAAUGUCCCACAGUCUGGCAGGGAAAACCAUCGAAGACAAUUGAAACAAUCGACUAAAGCCUUUCGAAACCGCCCAUCAUAAAUUAAAUCAAUCUUGUAUAAAAAUGACAGCUAGCUACCUAGUCUACUAACAUUACAUUAAUUAAUAAUAUACAUUAAUAUUGGAUAAUUGUGGAUUUUAUUUAAAACUAAUUAAUCUGAGUUCUCUAAGAGAAUCAGGACAAAUAUUUAAAAUCUAAAUAAUGUUCUAUAAAGACAUGAAUAACAGGAACAAUCUAUUUUACAGAGAAUAUUCUUCUAUAGCACUCAAUUUUUUGUACAUAUUUUAUGCAAAUACAAUGCAACCACAUCUCACCUGACUUUCAUUCUGUGAAUUACCGUAUAUCUAAUCAAUUCUUAAUAUCAAUUAAUUUAUAGUAUAAUUGUUGUAUAUACUGUGAAGCCGACGUGUCAUUAUAAUUUUUAGUAGUGCCUUAAUUGCGUGGUCAUUUCAAUAUUUAUACAUCUAGUGCGAGAUUGAGUUUUUAUAGGGUACUUAUAUGAUUAUUUGUUAUGUUUAAUUUUAUGUAAAAGAUAGUUUAUGUCUGUCUAUAUAUAUACAUUUUAAUUGUUAUUUUUUACAAUAAA